GGGAGGGGGUUGUGUGUAGGCGGGUCGUGAGUUGUGCGCUUCCGCGCUCGUCAGCUAGCGCCGCGCCGGGCGAUGUGGAGGAGGAAGUGCAGGAGCUGUCGCCGCCGUCCAGGCUGCUGCUGCUGCUGUUAUUGUUGAGGAAGCCGGAGCUGUUUAAAGGAAUCCUCGCGAGCGGGGCUCGGACACCGCGAGGGAGGAGGAUCAAUGCCGGCCUGGCUGCGGCAGCGUCGAGCCCGGUGAACGGUCUCUUUCACGCGAGCCACAUCGAGCCGUCCGGUCUGCGUUCUCAGCCUGAGCCGUCCACGGAGCCAUGAGGAAGUUUGCGUACUGCAAGGUUGUUCUGGCCACAUCGCUGGUGUGGGUGCUGGUGGAUGUUCUCCUGCUGCUGUACUUCAGCGAGUGUAACAAGUGCGAGGAGAAGAAGGAGCAUGGGCAGCAGCCACGGAUGGGAGACCUGAACAUGAAGCCUCCUGAGGGGCCAGGGGAGAUGGGAAAGGCAGUGUUGAUUCCCAAGGAGGAGCAGGAGAACAUGCGAGAGCUUUUCAAGAUCAAUCAGUUCAACCUUCUGGCUAGCAAGCGCAUCGCUCUCAACAGGAGCCUUCCUGACGUGCGUCUGGAGGGGUGCAAAACGAAGGUGUACCCAGACGGGCUGCCGAAGACGAGUGUGGUAAUUGUGUUCCACAACGAGGCUUGGAGCACACUGUUGCGCACAGUGCACAGCAUUAUUGGCCGCUCCCCACGCCACAUGCUUGAGGAGAUAAUCCUGGUGGAUGACGCCAGCGAGCGAGAUUUUCUGAAGAGUCCGCUGGAGGAGUACGCCAGCAAGCUGCCGGUGCCGGUGCACAUUGUGCGCAUGGAGUCACGCUCCGGCCUUAUCCGUGCCAGGCUCCGGGGGGCGGCCGUGUCGCGGGGUCAGGUGAUCACGUUCCUGGAUGCGCACUGUGAGUGCACUACGGGAUGGCUGGAGCCGCUCCUCGCACGCAUCAAGGCUGACCGGAAAAAUGUGGUAUGUCCCAUUAUUGAUGUGAUCAGCGAUGAGACAUUUGAGUAUCUUGCUGGCUCUGACAUGACCUAUGGUGGAUUCAACUGGAAACUGAACUUCCGCUGGUACCCAGUGCCCCAGAGUGAGAUGGACCGACGGAAAGGAGACCGGACAAUACCUGUCAGGUCACCUACAAUGGCAGGAGGACUGUUUGCCAUCGAUCGUGACUACUUUCAAGAGAUUGGCACAUAUGAUGCCGGCAUGGACAUUUGGGGUGGAGAGAACCUGGAAAUGUCAUUUCGGAUCUGGCAGUGCGGUGGGACACUGGAGAUUGUUACCUGUUCCCACGUGGGCCACGUGUUCCGCAAGGCGACACCGUACACGUUCCCCGGAGGCACGGGACAAGUCAUCAACAAGAACAACCGCAGGCUCGCCGAAGUGUGGAUGGACAACUUUAAAGACUUCUUUUACAUCAUCUCGCCAGGGGUGACCAAAGUGGAGUAUGGUGACGUCUCGCAGAGGAAGGCCCUACGCGAUCGCCUGAAGUGCAAGCCAUUCUCCUGGUUCCUGGAGAAUGUAUACCCCAACUCCCAGAUCCCCAGGCAUUACUACUCACUGGGCGAGGUGAGAAAUGUGGAGACAAAUCAGUGCCUGGACAACAUGGGUCGGAAAGAGAAUGAAAAGAUUGGGAUCUUCAACUGCCACAGCAUGGGUGGAAACCAGGUAUUUUCGUACACUGCGGACAAGGAGCUCCGGACGGACGACCUUUGUCUGGACGUGUCUCGCAUGAACGGUCCUGUGCUCAUGCUGAAGUGCCACCACAUGAAAGGCAACCAGCUAUGGGACUAUGACCAGCAGAAUGCAGGCAAAUGGGACUAUGACUUCAAGAAACUGAUCAUGCGUCACACAAACAGUAACCAGUGUCUGGACAAGGCCACGGAGCAGGACCGCCAGGUGCCCACCAUGCGGGAGUGCGACGGCGGCCGCUCCCAGCAGUGGAUCCUGCGCAACAUGACGGUUGCAGCGAUAUCUUGAAGCGGGUCAUUCGACAUCGCUUUUGUUGCUUUUCAUUACGCGCGCAUAGCCCAUCACACACACACACACCCCCCUCCUUUGCUUUUUAAGGUGGAGCGGAAUAUUUACGUAAAAGACACACGUGAAACAGAAACCAAACCAAUGCUUGGGACUGAAUAUGGCGAUAAGUAACGCCGGCGAAAUUGUGUGGCACGUCAUGCCUUGUGGCCUCGUCCACAUUUUUGACACAAUUGCGGGUUUCCGUUAGUAGCUAAUAUUGCUGACAAAUUAUAGAAUUAUAAGGCUUUUGAUACAAAUGCAGUUUCGGGAUUUUCUAUACACAUUACCCUCUAUCUGAUUGUGAAAUAUGUGUUUACGGAUGGGUAAUGGAAUCAAAGUGUGCAAAGUUAAAAUGAAUUUAUCCAUAGUUAAUUUUCUAUAGAUUUGCCACUCGAAGCUGUGAAGAAGGUGUUACAACAACUGACCACUCUUAUUUUAUAAUGCUCCUUACUGCAGUAUGAUGUAAAAACUAAAUCAAACAUUGGACUUAAGAACAACGUAUGCAUUUCUUGUUUUUAACAUUUUCCUGCAUUUGUAUAUAAAGUAUGUAAAGUAUAAAUUAGUUUGAGAUUAUGAAAACUUUUUUUCUGGGUAUUUUAAUGUCGGUAAACACUGUAUGGCCUUACAUGAAUUGUGUUGUUUUCGAAAGAUUAUUUUAACGUGUAAUUUAAACAAAAAUCAAGAUUAUAAAAUGGCAAGCGCGUAUUAAAACAAUAGAUUUCAAUGUCUUUUAAGUGCUUCAAAGGCAACGUUCAUAAAGACAGUGACUUGGUUAUAAUAAAAAAAAUACUCAUAAAUCAAAAAUCUUAGCAUAUCUGAUGAGCUUAUUAAUUUAUGCUUCGAGAUUAAAUAUCUUUUCAGUGCUUUUUUAUUUAUCCAGCAACAACAACAAAAAGGCAAUGUGUUUCAUUUGUUAACAAUCAUAUUAAACCGCACAACUUGGUUGUGUUAUAUAGCACAAACAGUGAACCUCUGCAUGAACAAGCAGAUGAACACAAUGGCAAACUGGUGUUGGGGGGAUCAGACUUACAGCUUGCUUUUCAUGGGGACCUGUUGUAGCUGCUGCGUAUGCUGCUGUUGUAUGGGGGUAUAUUUGUUCCUUUUUGUCCCAGUGGUCAGACUUUGUCUUGUAUGGGGAGAUUCUAAAGAUGAUGAUAAUGAUUUACUUGCGACGAGACUGCUCGUAUAAUGAUGUCUGUAUAUUUUGUGACUGAAAUUAAAGUGGAGGUAUUUAUAAACUAAAUCAAA